AAAUAGUAUACGUGGAUCUCGCGAUGGAGAACGACGUCAAAUUCAAUGUUACAUGUAAUUUUAAAAAUCUACACGAUUAGUGUUCAAAUAAAGUUUUUUCCUAUUAUAAUAAGAAACAGACUGUUAAUGUCAUACGUUCACUACUAAUAAAAGAUCAUUAAAUGAUUUAAUAAUUCUAGUCAUAUAUCAAAAUGAAUACGAAAAUCCUAUUGCUGUUUGUCGUUUUAACGGCGUGUGUCCUACGAUGUCAAUCCACUGGACCAACACACGGCAAAGUAGUAAUGUGUUACCUAGCAACUUGGGCAACGUACCGCGCAGGCGAUGGCAAGUUCGACCUCAACGACCUGGAUCCAUCCCUGUGUACGCACGUUGUCUACAUAUUUGCUGGAAUUGAUGAAAAUAUGAUGACAAUUAAAAGUAUCGACAGUGCACUUGAAAAAGGUUACUCGAACGCUGGCUAUCAGAGUCUUGCUAGACUCAAAGAAAGAUUUCCGCAUUUAAAAACAAUAUUGUCUGUCGGUGGAUGGAACGAAGGCACAACGAAAUAUUCAAAGAUGGCCGCAGAUCCAAAUUUCAGAGCGAAAUUUAUACAGAGUACGGUUGAAUUCUUAAAGUUGCACCAAUUUGAUGGAUUGGACUUGCAUUGGAAAUAUCCAGUUGUAAGAGAUGAUAAACCCGAGGACAGACCCAAUUUCGUUUCAUUAGUAAAGGAGUUAAAAGCAGCCUUCACUCCUCACUCCCUCAUCUUGACAGUAGCAUUAGGAGCUACAAAAUAUACUCUAGAUCUGUCAUACGAUCUUCCACAAUUAGACAAAUACAUAGAUUACUACAAUGUACUUUGUUAUGAUUAUCACGGCUCUUGGGAAGGAGUUAUAGGGGUGAAUGCAGCUCUUUAUGGGGUUAAUAAUAAUGAUUUUGUUAAUGUGGAUUACACUCUUAAGUAUUUACUCUCUCAUCGAGUUACUCCGGGAAAAAUAAUCCUAGGUCUUGCUUUCUUCGGUCACGGUUACAUCCUGAAGGAUCCCACCAUACCUAACAUAGAGUUCGGUGUUACACCAAUCACUUCGCAAUCCUGGCAAGGGCCCUUGAGCAAAGAAUCUGGCUUUAUGGGUUACAAUGAGAUUUGCUUGGAAUUAAGUGAUCCAAAUUCUAAAUGGGUACGCCACUGGGAUGAAAAGACUGCAACGCCUUACCUACGCGACGGUGGACGCGUCAUAACUUACGACAACCCAAGGUCGAUUGCUCUUAAAGUCAAGAAAGCUGUCGAAUACAAUCUGGGCGGUGUGAUGGCAUGGUCCGUGGACACUGACGACUUCAGAGGCCUCUGUGAAAAGGAAGCCGAUUAUGUAUCCGUAUCAUAUUCUACUCUUUGGGAUUUCGCUCACAAGUACAACCGCAUCGCCAACAACCCAGUGCUUGAAGGCAUUCUAAAGAACCGAAAUCUCCCAAGCGCUGCCCAUUUAGACCGACUGUCGGAUACACCAAGCCAAAAAGACGUUGUCACAAAAAGUAAGAACCGAAUCUGGUUAUCGGAGUCGGAAACAUCGAAUUACGCACUGCUGCACACAAUUGAUGACGUCAUGCAUCUCGCGUUAGAAGAAAAAGGAAUCAGCGAUGAAAUGAUCAAACUAUUGACAGAUAAAGCAGAUACUAGUGGUCAGAAUGGUACAAGCGUUUAUACAAUGGUCUGUUAUUUCUGUUUUAUUUAAUGAAGUUGACAUGUCUAAGCAUUUAGUGUGCCAUGUGUAAAAAAAUAGUAUAGAAAGUUACUUAAAUUAAGUAAAUAAUGCUUAUAGAUAAGAAAUAUGUAUUUUUUUUAAAUAUUUUACUACCUGUGUUAUCUUUUUUAAUUAAAUUAAUUUUAAAAUCCGUAUUAAAAUAGUAUAUUAAAAUUAAAAUACGUUUUGCUACGGUAUAAUACUGUAAUGUUAUUUUAAAAACAUGCAUUUGCUUAAUAAACAUCUUUUAAAUAAUA